CAUUCUCUUCUCUCUCUUUAUCUGACUCUCUCUUAUCUCCACUGUUCCCAAGCCCAUACGGGCAAAAGAACCUGCUCCCAAAGUUGGCUCUGCAACAGAACAGAACUCUUAAUUGUAGUAACACUAAUGUAUCCACUCACAGUCUCACAGUUUCCAACUCUCCUCAAACACCAUCUUAAACUUGACUUCUCUUCUACUUCUCAUCUUCACACUUGCCCUUUUAAACUCAUCCUCUCAAGCCCACAACACUCACAUUCUCUUUCUCUCCCUCUCGGUCUUCAGCUCAAGAUAACAUAGAAUGGAAGAUCAUUACCAUCAAGUAGAAGUGGAGGGAGAAGAAGAGAUCAAGCCAAGCAAAGAAGCCAACAAGACAGACGAAAACACAUCAUCAUUAAGAAUAUUCCCCUGCCUCUUUUGUUCUAGAAAGUUCCAUAGCUCCCAAGCCCUAGGAGGCCACCAGAACGCCCACAAGAAGGAGCGAACCGCUGCUAGAAGAGCCAAAAGGGCUUAUGAUUUUGUCAACAACAAUGACUUCCUUCACACGUUACCUGUUUUCUUAUCCUCUCCCUCUCAACAUCACUUGACCAUCUUAGGCUACCCUGCUUCUGCCUCCGUUGCCUGUUUUCCGACGGUUCAUCCCGACCAUCCGAUUUUCAAAUCCAGUGGUUCUCAUGUCGUGUUGGCUACAUCCCACCAAGGUAGAGAUUGCAAAGGAGGGUACUGUUGUCAACAACGUGUAGACAUUUUGGAUCAUCAUUAUAACGUGGUCAAUAGUGACAAGGGUAAAGAUCAGUGUCUUGAUCUCUCCCUACAUUUGUGAUUUUAGCAUUAUCAUUUGUUAGUUAUGGUCUUGCCAAAAUUGACUACAAACUGUUCCAUCCGUAUCCUGAUUUUAAUUGGUAUUCCGAGAAAUAAUGGACGAUAUAUAGUGAUUAAACUAUUUGUAAUUCUUU